AUGGAGGCUUUUGGUCUGAGGAGGACUCAGUCCCUGAGGGCUCUUUCUGGGCUUCAGGAAACUUCAUGGGUCAUGUCCCCUUCUGCAACCUGGAGCAGAAAGUCUGUCUCUCAGCUGGUGCAGCAUUACCAAAGCUGCUCCGACCUGACGAGUUCUGAGAAAUCAAAGCAAAAACUUGAGGUUUCUGAAAACUGUGUGGAUGGACCCUGGAGGUGGCUGGACAGCAGGGACAGCUCCCGUCUGUCCAGGAGCCGCUCCAUGGACGUCCUCCCUCAAAGAGAGCCCUCUGGCACCAGAGCUCUGUGUGCUUUGUUCGAGUCCAAGUCCACCCUGCAGCUGAAGAGGACCUCUACAGCCGGCAGUCAAACAGGGAGAGACUGGCCUCUGCAGGACUCAAGAAGUUACAACAGUCCUCUGAAAGAGACGCUGAGAACGACCCAGGUGGAUGGUCCAAAGGUCAACAGCCUCCCGAAGUGUCCCAGCAGAGCCUCCAGCCACACAGACGAUAGAGCGAGCAGAAGUGGCACCCAUUUAAGACAAACCAGAGACAAAAUAUCUGCUUGCUCCUCAGUGAGAGACAGAUUAGCUCUCUAUCUGUCCAGAACAGCAGCCACCGAGUCCACGGGAGGCUCGAUACACCCGGAAUUCACAGCUGCUCCAGGCAAAAAGUCUAAAAACAGCAAGAUGGCUGAUGCUGCCAGAAAAAUUACCAUCUCACAACCAGCUCACGAUGAAGACGACCUGCCCCUCCCUCCUCCUCCUCCUGUACCACCUCGACCCCUUAACUAUGAAGGGUCUUUGGUGUUAAGCAGCCUUCCUGUACCUCCACCUAAAGAAAGCUUCACCACGUUCUACCAGCAACGGCAGAAAAGUGAGCUGAAGAGGCUUUUCAAACACAUCCACCCUGACCUGCGGGCCAGUCUUGAUGAUGCAGUGGACGAUGAGAUAAUGAAAGCUGUUCAGUCAGAGAGCUCUCAGGCAGCAGAUGCAGCUUAUCAGGGUGAAGUGCAGUCCAUGAGGUGGAUCUUUGAGAACUGGACUCUGGAUAACAUUGGAGAUCCUCAUGAAACCAAAAAGCUUUUGCAUACUGAGGAGAUGAAAGGUGGAGAUGUCAGAAGCACCUCCUCAAAGUUCGAGUUUGUCAACAGCACGCAAUAUCUACCGAUUAGAAGCCAAACCUCUGUCAGAGGAGAUGUGAGAACAUCAACUUGGCUGUUUGAGACCCAGCCUUUAGAUCAUCUAAGUAAAUCCAGAGAGGAAGAGGGUGAACUGGUAGAAGCAGUUCUGAAGGAACCCACAAAGUCUGGGGAUGUGCGAGGGGCUCGGCUUCUCUUUGAGACAAAACCUCUGAGUGAUCUGGGGCGCUGCAACUCCAUUGAGGACUGCAGCAUUCUGAAACUGAAGUCUGAGCUUCAGGAGCAGAAAGGAGAUGUCCAGAAGACAGUGAAACUGUUCCAGACAGAACCGUGCUGUGCCAUCAGAGACAACAGUGGCAACAUCCACAAGAUUAAAUCGAUCUGUAGGGAGGAGAUCAACAGUGGCACAUUCAGCAACACCCGGUGGCUCUUUGAAACCCAGCCCUUGGACAUGAUCAACAAGGAAAGUGACAGAGUGAAAAUAAUUAGAGGUAUUUCUCUAGAAGAGGCACAGAAAGGAGGUUUUGACAAAAAGAGGUGGAUGUUUGAAACUCAGUCAUUUGACACAAUACAAGAGUAUGUUGGAGAAGACAUGUUUGAAGCAGGAGAGGCUGAUGUCAACAGAAAUAAAAUCUUGGAGACCCAACACAAGACACAUGACCUCACAAGAGGGGAUGUGAAGACUUCUCUGUGGCUGUUUGAAACUCAGCCCAUGGAAACUCUUAGUGAUAGUUAUGAAGUCGGGAGCCUGAAGAGAAUCACCAUUUCAGCUGAAGAACAAGGGCAAGUCCAAGGCAAAAAGCUCAUAUUUGAAAACGGUAAUUUUCAAACAAACACCUCAGUAAAAAAACAAGAAAUCGAAAAGGGCGAUGUGAAGGGAUUCAAGCAACUUUUUGAAACGAUUCCUUUGGGUGAAAUUACUCGUUUGGAAGAGGAGACAGUUGAGACAAAGGAUAGUACUGCUUCAGGUGUGAACAGAAAAUGUGACAAGGCAAUGCUUGAGACAACUCCUUUAUAUGCAAUAAAGGACAGCUUUGGAAAUCUCCAUGAGGUCACAACAGUCAGCCGAGAGGAAUUGGUUCAAGGAAAAGUCAAAAACUACAAGUGGAUGUUUGAGACCAAACCUUUAGAUCAAAUGACUGAUGGAAAAGGAAGCGUUGAAGUAAUCAAAGGCAUCACCAGACAGGAGGACACCACAGGUGACGUAAAAAUGGCAAAGUGGCUUUUUGAAACUCAGACAUUGGAUGGGAUCCACUGUAAGUUCAAUCAGACAGAGAAAAGCUCUGUUAUUACAGAUGAGUCUUGCAAAGGUGAUGUCCAGACCUGCAGAUGGCUCUUUGAAACACAGCCAGUGGAUAUGCUGUAUGAGAAAAUGGAAAAAGCCAAAGACAAAGAAUCUGUUGAUGCAAACGUCAAGUCUAUUACUUGGCUUUUUGAGUCUCAGCCAUUAGACAGCAUCAAAGAUGGUGAGCCAUACAGUUUGAAGCUGUGCAGUACAGCAAAGGAUUCUGUCAAGCCAGAGCUUAGUGUUCAAACAGUCAAACACAUUUUUGAAACAGAAACUUUGGACAGAAUCAAAGGAAAUUCAGAUUCAGAGCCAAACCUGCGAUACUUCAGUCAGGUCAGCCUCCAGACAGGAGAUGUCUCACGUGUCAAAGAACUUUUUGAGUCCCAAUCUCUUGAGGAAAUAGGGUCAGAAACCGUGAUGAUGUCAGAAGGGCAGAACCAAGACAAAUGCACUGAAGAAGGUUCAGUGCAUAAAUUCACAUGGAUGUUUGAGAACUGUCCCAUGAAUCAGAUCCACAAGGACCUCAAUGAAGUCAGUAAAGAGACAGUCAAUGUUAUUGAGAGAGGUGAUGUACAAAAUAAAAAGUUCAUAUUUGAAACCUCCUCACUAGACAAAAUCAUGCAGGACCCACUUGAGCAGAGGUCAGUCUCUGCAAAAGAAAAUAUGAGCAAUGCAGACGUGAGGUCCAGUACCAUGAUGUUUGAGUCUCUGCCUCUGUAUGCCAUCAGAGACAAAGAAGGCCAGUUUCAUGAAGUGACAACGGCAAGAAAAGAAGAAAUCAUGAGCGGAGAUGUAAGAGGGGCAAGGUGGAUGUUUGAGACUAAACCUCUCGAUGCCAUCAAGGAAGAGAAAGAAGUUUAUGUGAUUCGAGCAGUCACACAAGAAGAUGUCAAGAAAGGAAAUGUCAAAUCAGCCAGAUGGAGGUUUGAGACUCAACCUUUGGAUUCGUUUACUGAUCGAGAUGAACCUGCAGCUAUGGUUACCGAAGAAGGCUUUGGAGGCUGCAAUGUCCAGCUAACAAAACAGAUGUUUGAGUCUGAUCAAUCAGGCAAGAAGUUUGCGAGAAUGGUUAGUGUCACUGACGUGCAGCGAGGGGAUGUAAGGACCUCCACAUGGCUCUUUGAGAACCAGAUCCUUGAUAGCCUUAAAGGGGGGCCUCAGGAGCAGAGUCCAGUGAAGACAGUCCACAGGGAGGACAGUCAAAAGGGAGAUGUGAAACGCUGCACCUGGCUGUUUGAAUCUCAGUCUCUGGACAAAAUCAAGAAGGCUGAAGAAACAUCAGACCAACACGUGGAGGAGAUACCCAAAGCUGAUGUGAAGUGUACCACCUGGCUCUUUGAGACUACCCCCCUGGAUAAAAUCACUGCCAGCAGUGUGGCUGACACCCUUUCAUACUUGUAUGAAAUGAACUUUGUUCACUCAAGUGGCAUCAUAAUAGAAUCAAAUGAAGGAAAGAACGUUAAAAUGGCAAAAUAUUUGCUUGAAAGCAUUGAAGGUGUGCAAAUUGAGAAAGAGGAUAUUGUUGCUGGUAACAUUAGGAACAUCAUGUUACAACUUCUGCUCAAACCAACCAUCAAACCACAAAUUACUCUUCUGCGAGAAAUUGAAAAGAGUAAAGUGAACACCGCAGUCAUGGAGCUUCCGUCCUUCGAGUCCCAUAUCGACAUUGAGAGUGAUCAAAGAGUACAAAACAUUGUGCAAACAAUAGAUGAGCUGCUAGUUUAUGCAAUGGAUUUCAAAAAAGGAAUCAUAAUACAAGAAAUUGGAGAAGGAAAAGCAGAAAUGUCAGUUUAUUCACUCAUCUGCAAUAACGAAAUCAAAACUGGAAGUCAAAUUAUGGAAAGGGGAGAUGUAAAAACCACAAUUGGAAAUCUGAUGGCAACUGCUAAUAGUCAAAUAACUUCAACGAGAGUGGAUGUAAAUGAGAAGGGAAAUGUGAAUUUGUACAAGAGUUGCAUUGAGAAAGGAGAUUUGCAAUACCUGAAGAGCCUUCAUGCUGAGACAUUUGAAUGUGAGGCCGAUCACAGCAGUUUGGUGAAGGAGCAGGUCGAAACAAUUGAAGGCAGUGUGGAAGAAGCAAAGAGAAGCCUCUGUCAGCAAAAAGAGCAGGUUGAAAAAACUGUUUGUGAUGUUUUACCAGGAGAUGUCAAGAACACCAAAAAGGUUUUUUCCUCUGAGUGCUUCGUUAAUGUAGACAGCUCUAUUCCUAAAGAAGAAAUAAUCCCAGGAGAUGUCUCGUCAGCAAAGCAACAACUUGCUGUGAAGCAACCUUUAAUUGUGGACAAAGAGGACAUUGUACCUGGUGACAUCAAGGCAACAAUGGAAUCACUGGAACGUGCAAAGCAGCAGAGCCUGUUUGUGGAGCGGGAGGUUUUUAAACCUGGGACAAUCUAUGACAUCGACUUGUCAAGUCAAGAUCCUGUAGAAGAAGCAAGCCAAUCGCAGAAAGAAGUUAUUAUAUCUGGAAAUGUGAAAGCAGCUAAGAAAUCUCUUGAAAUGGCCAAGCAGCAAAGCCUUCAAGUUGAGCGGGAGGUCGUUGUUCCUGGAAAAAUAUACAACCUGGGAGUGUCAGCGCAAGAAGAGAGCUCCUCCACUAUGGAACCGCCUACAAGUCUAUCCUCGUCCAGGUGCCAGCCCGUCAAGAGUAAUCUAAAGGUCAGUAAUGCAGAGAAGGAGCAGGAAAGCCAAGCUUCCUUUGAGACUGCAGCUGUAGUCAGAAAUGGUCCUGUACGAUCAACACAACCUUUUAUUAGCUGUGAUUUUAACAGUCAGGCUAUUAAAGAUGAAAUAGAAGAAGUUGUUAGAGGAGAUGUGAAAGCAACAAUUAGGUCUCUCCAAAGUGCAGCAACAGAGCAAAGGUUUAUAGAUAAAGAAAAUGUUGUUAGAGGAAAUGUGCAAUUUGCUUUAGAAUCCCUUGAGAAGUCUAGUGUUAACAUAUCUAAAGGAGACUUCAAAGCUGCCAUGAUAUACAGAAAUUCAGGCAGGGCUUGUUCAGGAAGGAGCAAGACUGUUCACGAUCAGUGUGUUGUGGUGUCUGUACCUCCAUCUGACACAAAACUGUCUCCUUCAAUUUCAGUAACCUGUGAAGGACAGCAAAGCGUCUCAACACAGAUUUCAGCCCCCAGCCCUGUAGCAAAUGGAAACUAUAAAUCUCCCAGCCUUGACAAAGUAACUUCGCCCCCACUCCUAGAAAAGAAGGAGCAGAAGCCAGCUUUACCUCCGAAGCCACAGUGGAUGAAAUGUGUCUCUAUGGAAGGACCAGUCACCUCACCAGUACCAAGUCCUAAAGUUACCUGCCUGGUUGAACAUGACAUUAAUGCAGGGACGCCUCCAAAACAAAACCAACAGCUUCAUGCACACUCAAAAGACAAACAACGAGAAGUUACAACGCAUGGCAAAAACACAAGAGAGCAUUUGCACGAGACCUUCCAACAAAGUUCUGUUGAUGAAUCUGUGCAAGGCUCAAAUAAGUCAAACGAAAAUCUGACAAUUAACAUUCAGGAAGAUAAGAAACAAAUUAAAACACUUACAGAGAAGAAAUCAAAUGUCCACCUUUGUAGUGACAAAGUGGAAAUGGAAAGAAAUGUGAUCCAGAAAAUAAAUGCAGCUGAAGAGAUACAGACGUGUGUGAAGAAUUAUGCAGAAGAUGGGAACCGUGAGAUGAAUGUGAGCUUGCAGACCACCUUGCAAAACUUUGAAAGAAAAGACAGAGAGGCUUUGGAUGGAAGAACUUUACCAUCAAAGAAGGUAAAAGUGGUUUAUGACAACAGGCAAAGUGACAAAGCCCCUGCUCAACAGUACAAACACAAUCCUGACCCUCCAAAAGUCCAACACGGCUCCGGAGAAAACAAACAAGACUUUGCAGAUAAAGUUGUUCUGAGAGAGAAGAAAGUUCGAGAAACAGAAGAAGAAAGAAGACAAAGACUUUCUGUCCACAAGGAUGAGAUCAUGAAAGGAAAUGUCCAGGCAGCCAUGGAAAUCUUUGAUAACUUAAGGAAACGAGAAGAACUGAAAGGAAUUUUGUCCCAGGUGCAGGAGAUAGAAGGAGAGGCCUGCAGUGUGGACUCUAGCUCCAUGAAGACUUUGUAUGAGAACGUUCCUACUUGGAUGGUUACACCUGGAAGAACUGCAAAGAAAUGUAAAAAGGAGGAAAAGAAAAUUGAAGUAUCAUCACAGGACGAUGACCUCGAAAGCAUCUCCUCUGUUGAAAUGGCUUUUGAAGAUCUUGAGAAAGCAAGCAAGGAGAUAAUGAAGCUGAAGGAACAGACUUUGGCCAAGCUGGUAGAUAUUGAAGAAACAAUCAAAAAGGCUUUGUACUCUGUGUCCAAUCUAAAGUCUGAGGCAGACAUUGCUGGUUUGUCGGGACUGUUUGAUGAAUCUUUGAAAUCCGAGCAAAGUCUUCAACCUGCCGGUAACAUCAGGAAGAUCAGUAUUGUGUCGAGCAAAAGCAAACUGGGUUCCACCAACGAGACAAGAGGCGUGGACUCAAAUCUUUCUAAAAGAGAAGUGCUAAAACAAGCCAACAAUAAAUCCCUCAUUAGACAGUCUUCAUCUCAGAGUUCCCCAUCUUUCAUCUCCAUUCACUCUUCAAGAAAGCCAACUGAACCACUAAAGCCAACCAUGUCAACCUUCAAACCAAAUCCGGAGGAAGAAUCCUCAAAACAAAGUCUCAUUCCUGAGCGCAAAGUCAGUGUGCUGGAGGUGCAAGCUGUUCCAGAGCAGCACCCCGAAAUAACUGGCACCAAGACGGUCAGUGAAACGUAUGAGGAGAGUGAUGCCUUUGGCAAUGUGUUUGUCUCUUCCACAACUUCCACGUUUAUCACUAAUCACUCCGACAGGAAACCAUCCGCUGUGUUCAGAGCAGCCGGAGGUCCAACCAGAUACGAAGUCAUGACGUCUCCUUUACUGCAAAGAUCAGAGCGUCUUUUCGAAGAUAAAGUGUCGAGCAGCACACAGGGGGAAGGAGAGGUGUUUGUGACGUUUGGAAAAACAAAAGAAAAGCAAAAAUAAGUCACCCAUCA